UACCGCUAGAUGGCGUGUUGUUGCUAGGGUGUUGCUAGAGAAGCCACCCCGCGAAAAUGGCGGAUGCGGAAGCGAAUUGUCUGCUCCGCUGCAGUGUUGGCCUGACAGCAGAUGGUCCUUGCGGAGUAUAUAGAGCAUAUCCCAAAGAAAACGGUUUAGAAACCCUGGGAUCAUGCUGUCGGGAUAUUUCUUCGCAUCUGCGGGAGGUGAAUCUAUGUGGUGGUCGCCAGACGACAAGAGCCCCAGCAGCAGACAGCGAGGGAAGUUUGAUUUCCUACCGAAUCGGCCUUUUCAGGUAUGAUCCUUCAAUGACAGUCUGUCCAUAUCAUCGCUACAGACUUGGCAUUCAUUGGAGACCACCCAGGAAAUGUGUUUUUCCCCUCCAUCAAGGGUCACAGCUGCCGUAUAAAGGGGUGUCCGUUGACAUGAGUGAGACCCUAAUGAACCAGAUUCGAGUCCUUGUGCCUGCAGGUUCUGAUUGA